UAUGCAGGGCUCUCGUGUGCGCAGCUGAAUGCUGCAGCGGUUGACAAAUAGACUAAUGAACUGAACAGAUUUUACCAUUACGUUUUUCUCAUUGUUUUGACAGUUUAAAAGCAAACUAUUAUUUUAAUCACGACAACUUUGAGAAAGAAGACUAUACAUUUGAUCGACGUUUUUAUACGUAACUUGGUUGUUUUCAGAGUUUGAGAAAGGUCGCAAGCCGCGCAACAACUGCUGGCAGUGUUGGAUUAUCUGUCUGGGAAAACCUUUUGGAGAAUAGUUACAUACACAUUGCGCACGGGAUUUUCAAAAAAAAAAAACGUUGCGAUUUGUGUCACGGUCAACAAAGUCCUGCGUAACUUUUAGGUAUGCCUGUGGUUGUCAGCGGACCUCCGGACAGGUAACCAGGUGUGUCGCUUCUACCAUGGCAACGCCAGCGCUGCGGCUGGUGCCUGUAGUCGUGGUUACUAUUGUCCUAGUGGCGCUGUCGGCUGCGGAUGACCACGAAUGGCACUUUAACCCAGCUCAGUGCCGUUAUGCCUUGGGAAUGGAAGACGGCACCAUCCCAGACUCUGACAUCACAGCUUCAAGUGCCUGGUCAGAUUCUACUGAGGCCAAACACGGCAGGUUGAGUACGGGAGCGGGGGAUGGUGCCUGGUGUCCUUUGGGAGCAGUCUUCCCCAGUGCUUCAGAGUACCUCCAGGUGGACCUGCGCUCACUGCACUUCCUGGCCCUGGUGGGUACCCAGGGUCGCCAUGCCGAUGGGCACGGCCAGGAGUUUGCCCGCAGCUACCGGCUCCGUUACUCCCGAGACGGACGAUCCUGGAUCACCUGGAAGGACCGCUGGGGGCAGGAGGUGGUGUCUGGGAAUAAGAACACCUAUGAUGUGGUUUUGAAAGACCUGGGCCCUCCUAUUGUAGCCCGCUAUGUCCGGUUCUACCCCUUGGCAGACCGGGUCAUGAGUGUCUGUCUACGAGUGGAGCUCUAUGGCUGUCUGUGGAAUGAUGGCCUGUUGGCCUACACGGCUCCUGUGGGUCAUGUGAUGCACCUGUCUGGCUCACCUGUGUACCUCAACGACUCCACCUAUGACGGCAGCACAGAGGCAGGGGUCCAGUUCGGAGGCCUGGGCCAGCUGGUUGACGGUGUGUUAGGAGGAGAUGACUUUACAGAGACCAAGGAGCUGAGGGUGUGGCCGGGUUAUGACUAUCUGGGCUGGAGCAGAGAGGCUCUAGGGCAGGGCAGUGUCCAGAUCGAGUUCCACUUCCAGAAGACGCGCAGCUUCCACACCAUGCAGGUCCACAGUAACAACCGUCACACCCAGGGGGUGAGAGUCUUCCGUAAGGUCGAGUGUCAGUUUAAACCUGGCUUGUUGCUCCCCUGGUCCUCGCCCCCUCUCUUGCUGGCCAUACCCCUGGAGGACCUGAAAGACCCCUCCUCACGCCCCAUUUCCAUUCCGUUGGGGGGUCGCCCCGCCCAGAUCCUGCGCUGCCAGUUCACCUUCGCUGACCGAUGGCUGCUCAUCUCGGAGAUCUCCUUCUACUCAGAGCCAUAUGGGGAGGGCGUGGACCCCAUGGACAGAGGCUCUGUCCUUCCUGCUCCACAUGCUCCUCCAGCUCCUCCAGUCUCCACUCCUCCUCCUGUCAUUCAGUCCUCCGUCAGUCCCAUCCUCCACCACAACUCCUCGAACUCCACUAGUGAUCCCUCUGAACCCCCCAACACCACCCCCAUGAUGGACAACACAAGCAACAGCACACUGUCAGAGGCCGACUUCGCUGCUACUACCCCGAGGUCAGGCCUUCCUGUGGCCAAGCACGACAGCAGUAACACAGCCAUCCUGAUUGGCUGCCUGGUGGGCAUCAUCCUGCUGCUAUUGGCUGUUAUUGCUGUAAUUCUGUGGAGGCAGUACUGGAAAAAGAUACUUGGCAAGGCCCAGGGCAGUCUGUCCAGUGAUGAGCUGCGUGUUCAUCUGUCUGUCCCCUCGGACAGUGUGGUUAUCAACAACACACACAGCUACUCCAGUCGCUACCAACGCAUACACACCUUCCCAGAUGACAGAGAGAGGGAGCGCUGUGAUGGAGAGGGAGAAUACCAGGAGCCCAGUGCCCUGCUGCGACCACGGGAACACACAAGACAAGACAGCACUGCAUUGCUGUUAAACAACCCAGGCUAUCACGUCCUCCUGUCAGAUCAGAGACAGCAUGGCUCCUCAUGGCCCCUAACCAUCCCUUUGACCAGGGACUCCUCUCACCUUAUGGAGAAGAGCCUCAAUAAUGAGGCCCAGGCCUGUGGCAUGGACAUGGAGAAAGGUUUUCCCUCCCCCACAGAGGAGCCUCCCCCGUACCCCGGCGCCCCUCCCUACCCGGCCCUGUCCCCCCCCAGUGUACCCCACUAUGCUGAAGCAGACAUCGUCAGCCUGCAGGGCGUCAGUGGAAACAACACAUAUGCCGUGCCAGCCCUGAGCUCACCCAGCCCGACAGCAGCAGACUGCUCCCCCCUGCCUGACCUGCCCAGACAGUGUCUGGUCUUCAAGGAGAAACUUGGGGAGGGACAGUUUGGAGAGGUCCAUCUGUGUGAGAUAGAGAGCCCUCAGGAUCUUCCUAACCUGGAGUUUCCCUUCAAUGUGAGGAAAGGCCGCCCUCUGCUGGUGGCUGUUAAGAUACUGCGCCCUGACGCCUCCAAGAAUGCCAGGAAUGACUUCCUAAAGGAAGGGAAGAUUCUGUCUCGUCUGAAGGACCCUAACAUCAUCCGUCUGCUGGGAGUGUGUGUGAGCAGCGAGCCUCUCUGCAUGGUCACAGAGUACAUGGAGUGUGGGGACCUCAACCAGUACCUCUCACACAGAGUCCUACUGGACAAGACUGGACCCGCACACCACGCCGCCACCAUCAGUUAUCCUGCCCUGAUCUCCAUGGCCAGUCAGAUUGCUUCAGGGAUGAAGUUUCUUUCCUCUCUGAACUUUGUGCACCGUGACCUAGCCACCAGAAACUGCCUGGUGGGGGGGGAGAGGGGUGAGAGCGGGGACGACGGGGGCGGGGAGCGCCCCAUCAAGAUUGCCGACUUCGGGAUGAGCAGAAACCUGUACGCUGGAGACUACUACCGUAUCCAGGGCAGAGCUGUGCUCCCCAUACGCUGGAUGGCCUGGGAGUGUAUACUGAUGGGGAAGUUCACCACAGCCAGUGACGUGUGGGCGUUUGGGGUCACCCUCUGGGAGAUGCUCAGCGUGUGCCAGGAACAGCCCUACUCCAGCCUGACUGACGAACAGGUCAUAGACAACGCAGGGGAGUUCUUCAGGGACCACGGCAGACAGGUGUACCUCAGCAGGCCAGACAUCUGUCCUCAGGGUCUUUAUGAGCUCAUGCUGAGCUGCUGGAACCGUGACUGCAAGCUCCGCCCAUCCUUUGCCCAUAUUCACUCCUUUCUCACAGAGGAUGCCAUGAACAUGGUGUAGAGGUGGAUAUUGUGCUGUUCUCCUUCCUUUUCCCCCCAGCUUCCUCCAGUCACCAUAGAGAUGAAGGGAUUAGGGCUCAGAGAGGUGGGUGGUGGUGGCGUCCUGGGAGACGAUGGGGACAGGGCGUGUGGGUCACUUGCUUGUAUAUUUUGUAUUUCUCUAUGAUGGGUGGACUGGGCUGUAAUACCGCUGGUUCGGUUUACCCCAAGCCCUUCACUACCCACCUCGGACUGUAGGUUGUAGUUGUACAUUCGAUCAGAGUGGAACAUUACAGCAGUUGGUACGGUGGUGGGUUACUGUCUAAUUCCGCAUAGUGCUUAUCAGUGGCCAGUCAACAUGUCCUGCUAGCUAGACUUCAACAUAGAAAUGCAGUGGGAGGGGUGUGGUGACAUGCUAGAUAAUGUUAGGUGAAGCUAAAAGUAAUGUGUAACGCUGGUUAUCAGAUUUUUGUACUCUGAAAUGUGAUCACGUUUAAUAGCAUAUUAACAUUCUGGCAUUAAUGUAAUAACUCAUCUUUAUAUACAGAUCUUGGGAUAAUCUUGGUAUUUUCUGAAGUUAUGUUCAAAUGUUACUGGUGAAGGUUUGUAUGUUUUAACAGUAUGAAUUAAUUUCCCAGCUCACACAUGUUCAAGAGGGGAAACUGCACAAGUGUUCUCUUAGUAGGGAACUAUUAUUCAGCUUUGUACCCCCAGCCCUACACUUCAGCCCUGUACCCCCAGCCCUACACUUCAGCCCUGUACCCCCAGCCCUACACUUCAGCCCUGUACCCCCAGCCCUACACUUCAACCCUGUACCCCAGCCCUACACUUCAACCCUGUACCCCCAGCCCUACACUUCAGCCCUGUACCCCAGCCCUACACUUCAGCCCUGUACCCCAGCCCUACACUUCAACCCUGUACCCCCAGCCCUACACUUCAGCCCUGUACCCCCUGCCUUACUUCAGCCCUGUACCCCAGCCCUACACUUCAACCCUGUACCCCCAGCCCUACACUUCAGCCCUGUACCCCCAGCCCUACACUUCAGCCCUGUACCCCCAGCCCUACACUUCAGCCCUGUACCCCCAGCCCUACACUUCAACCCUGUACCCCAGCCCUACACUUCAACCCUGUACCCCCAGCCCUACACUUCAGCCCUGUACCCCCAGCCCUACACUUCAGCCCUGUACCCCCAGCCCUACACUUCAACCCUGUACCCCAGCCCUACACUUCAACCCUGUACCCCCAGCCCUACACUUCAGCCCUGUACCCCAGCCCUACACUU